AUGGCGUCUGAAUCAGGCUCCGAUCAGCAGACAAUUGAGAAUGCAACCCGUAUUACAGUGGAUUCGCUUCUCGAAGCUCUCGUUUCUCUGCGUGAAUCAAAGGGUACAACUUUGAUGCACCUGAGAAGAUACUUUGCCAAUAAGCUUCCAAACCAUGUUUCGUCGCUUGAGAUCAGUUCUCAGAUAAAGAAAGUUCUGAAAAAAGGUCUCAGAGAAGGGAAGAUUAAACGACACGGUACUAGUCGGUACUUCCCUUGCAAUGACGAUGACAAUAUUGGAAGCAAGAGAAAUCGUCGGAAAAAUCUAGACGACGACGACGUGGUCCUUCGUACAAGGAAACGCAGAAGGCGUCGAUCAGGUCGUCGUCGAUCUAGGAGAAGAAGGAGUAGACGAAGAGGGAGGAGGAGAAGUAGGAGGAGGCGAAGUAGGAGGAGGAGGAGGAGACGACGCAGUAGGAAAUGCGGGAAAAAAAGGAAGGAGGGGGAGGAGGAGGAGAAGGAGGAGGAGGAGGGGAGGAAGGAGAAGGAGGAGCAGAAGGAGAGGGAGACGAUGUGCUGGCAAAUGAAGAGAGCGCAGUAUGCUAUAGCAUAG